CCGCACAUAGAUCCCCAUAUUUCAAUAUUAUAAUAAAACGAUACGCGAAAUUAUGACCUAUAAAUUUGGUCGCUUGGCAAAGAUUUCAUAUGGCUGAAAAACCAUCAAGUCCCGUCUCAGAUCUCGCCGAGUUGGUGACAUGUUCAAUAUGUCUGGGACCUUUUCGGGAUGCAAGAGCACUGCCUUGUGUCCAUUCCUACUGCAAGGAAUGUUUACAAGGUUUGGUGACACCUCAAGCAAAGCUGACAUGCCCACAUUGCAGGGAAGACUUUGAGGUUCCAGAUGGUGAUGUCUCCAACUUGAAUCGAAACUUUCAGCUAAACGAAAUAGUUGAUGUGUUUAACUCCAUGACCUGUGCUGUUCCAAAUGAUGAAGGUCUGUCUGAGAAUUCUCCAACGGAUGCAACCCAAGCUUGUUUAGCUAAUCAAACUACUUGCAAGGAUCAUACAGGAAAAGAAUGUGAACUGUUCUGUCAAAAUUGCUUUAAAUUGAUAUGUUUUGAGUGCAUUUCAAAGUGGGGUACUUGCACCCAGCAUUUAUAUGAAAGUAUUGACGUGGUCGCAAAAGAGUUCAGAGAAAACAUCAAAGAAUUUGUGCGGAAAAAGGAAGAACAGUUGCCCUCUGUCAUAAAACAUGGUGUCGUUCUUGAAGAUAUGAGAGAGAAACAAUCCCUUAACAGUGCAAGUGUCACAAAUGAAAUAUUGGAAACUUUUGGAAAGCAAAUUGAAAAUCUCGAAAAGAGACGAGAUGCAUUAACCAACCAAGUAGUUGAUAUGCAGUUGAAAAAUGAUGAUUGUGUGGCUUCGGAGGUAGAUCGUGUCCGUAUAGAACAAGCCAAAAUUGAAAACACAAUUGAAUUUUGUAACAAAAUUAUUGACGUCAAUGACUCUGCACUAUUUUUACAAAAAUACAUACAAGUUAAGAUGUUUCUAACUGAACCUCAGGAGUUGGUGUCACAUGUUGAUGUCCGUGCUUUACUAUUUCAAGCAACGGACUCGCUAAUGAAUGAUGUCAUUUCAAAUUUCGGAAAUGUUGUGUUGUGUGAUGAAAGCUCUGCUGCAGAAGAGGAAAAGCUGGUCAGAGAAGAGAGGCCAACAUCAAAACAUGCAGGACAUGCAACGUCAACAUCUCCUAUUCCAGCAAAUGAGCCAGGCCCAUCAAAUAAAUUACAUCGUAAUUACAGUACUGCCUCUCCAAGGCCUGUUGUACCAAAUGCACCUGGUGAACAAGUUGGCAUUGAGAAGCCAGUCGUUGCAAAGCUUUACAUCAAAAACUUGGCUAGAAUGAACAAUCCCUUUGUUACAUUUGAGGACAAUGGAUUUGGUGUGAAAACAAAAAGCUCAAAAAACGAAGCCAUUAUUGGAAAUCCAGGCUUCAGAAUGGGAAAACAUUCAUGGAAAAUUAAAGUGGUUGGUUGUCCUGAUGGUUUAAGCAUUGGUAUAUGCGUUGGCUUCAAAGGUCGUGGUAAGGUUGUUACGUAUGAUUCAGCAUUAACCAGUACUAGUACAGAAACAAAUGUACUGGUGGAGUUGGACUGCAGUGCCAGAAAGUUGUCUGUUUCACCAGAUGGCUACCAACCUGAUACAAUAGGAUUUGACAAUCCUCACAACUAUGAAGUUCAUCCAUACUUCCUUCUGCCCCCAUCAAACAUAGUUAGUUGUAGUAAAAUCACUAUUGUGAGCAUUGAUGGACACUUGACAGAAUGUGUAGAGUCAUGUUGUAUAUUGUAAAUGAAUGCAACAUGAAUUUAUAGGUAUGUGCACCAUUUUAUUUAAAG